GCCAGUCUCGCUAGAGAUUUUAUUGAAAAGGAAAAUUAAUGAAUGUUUCUCUGAUAUACAAUAGACUAAACUAUUUGGCAAUGCCGUUUAGUAACAGCCUAAAUUGCUGUAGGACUAGUCUAUCAUGGCGGCGCUAGGAGCGGAACGUGGCGAGGCGUCUAAAGUCGAGGAGAAGAUAAACACACAGAAGACGGCCGACUCAUGGAAACGUCAUAUCAUCCGCCAACUCAAACAUCGGGAUAAGUAUCAGAAGACGAUGUUUCAAGAUGUCAUACUGGCAUAUAUAAAUCUCCUGGAGAAGUCCAAUCAGAGAGCCCUCAUCACGAAAGGCAUCCUGGGAUCUGGUUCAAGGUACCCAGCCUCCUCCAACGAUUCCUUGACGUCUCUGAUUUCCAAGAAUGACGAUCUGAAGAAAACAACUGGCGAGCUGGCCUACCAAGUAUUGGAGCUCCAGCAGGAGAUUAAGAUCAAAGACUCCGUACUGGAAGAACAACAUGCCAGGAUGUGUGAGGUGCAGAGGGAUCUGCUGGGGGUGCAGGCUAAGGAUGGAAGUCUGGCGGUGCGUGUUGCCGAGGUGACGGAGGGGAACCGGCUGUUGAAACGGGAGUACGACUCUCUGCUGGAGCGGCACCAUGAUAUGGACCAGACCUUCAGAGAGGAGAAGCUCAGAGGUCAGGAAAUGCUGGAGGAACUGGUUCGGAGGAAGCAACACGCAGCCGUCAGGAUGAACAGUCGCAACGAGAGACGGGUCAGAGCCAGAGAGGCAAGUCUUCAGAAGGAACUGGAGACCGCCGGGAAGGUGAAUGUGACCAUUGAUGUCGGGUCUGUCAGUGCCCCGGCCUCCAGAGAAGCCUCCCCUAAGAGUGAUCUGGCUGAGAGACGGACCACUAGACUGUUCAGUAGAAAGAAGCGUCGGGGGAACUCGCUGUGUCUGAGUCUGGAGGAGGAGCUGUAUGUUCCUGUAGGGAUCUGUCUGGCUGCCAGGGUCCCUGCUAGGGCUCUGCAUGUCCUGGAUGCCCAUGAGUUGGGUAUUAAUGCAGUGAGGUUCAGCUCCAGUUGUAACCUUGCCCGGGAGCAAGAUGAUAGCUGGGACUAG